AUGGCAUGGCCGUGCAUAACGCGUGCUUGCUGCAUCAACCGAUUUUGGACCGAGCUGGACAAAGCGGACAUCGCAGUGCCUUUGGUUUUCACCAAAUACUCGGAUGUGGCCGACGUGCAGCAUAUACCCCAUCACCCGCAGCCCAGACAGAAGAGGGCCGGUGCCAUUGCCAUAGAAACCCAGCCUCAUCCCGGCGAGCAGGAGGCUGAGAAGGCACCGCCCGCAACGGGUGGUGCAGCGGGCAAAGAUGGCUCUUCUGCGUCCGUCAUGCGCCAAGACUUCAAGGCGUGGAAAGUGCGCCCCGAGCCUAGCUGCAAGCCCAGGAAUGAGUACCAACCCUCGGUGGGCCCGUUCAACACCAAAACUCAGUAUCAGAAGGAUUACAAGCCCUGGCCUAUACCGAAGAAACACGACCACCCCUGGAUCCCCAAACCCAGCGCAAAGCAGGAUCACGGGGCUGUUGAGGCCGAGACCGGCGUGGAGAAAAGCGAGAUCGAGGAGAAAAUGCAAGAGAAAGAGGUCAAAGCAGAGCCGAAAGAGUCUGUGAAGAAAGCCCCAAAGAGGGAAAAGUCAGCGGAGAGGAAAACGGAUGAGAAGACGGAGGCACAGAUAUCUGCAGAUGUGAGCGCCGAGGAGAGGAAAGGCAGAGCAGCUGCAGACGCUGUCAACAGACAGAUAAAGGAGGUUAUGUCGACUUCUAGCAGCUACAGGACCGAGUUCAAGGCAUACAAGGACGUGAAGCCAGUGAAGGCCAUCAAAGCUCAAUCUCAGUUUAAACCCCCAGAAGAGGAGACCAGUCGGGAGACCAGCUACAGUGCCACAUACAAGGGGGAGCAGGUGAAGGCUCACCCCACUGACAACAAGCUGACGGACCGCAGGAGGGUACGCAGCUUGUACAGUGAGCCAAGCAAGGAGGCCACCAAGGUGGAAAAACCAGUGUCUCGCACCAAACCAAAAAAGACACCAACAACAACAACAGGAAAGAUGGUGAAAAAAUCAAAAGAGAAGCAGAUUGCCAGUUCCCAGUCAGCCAAGAAGAAAGCCUCUUUGAGCACCCCAGAACCCAAACCACAGGGAGCUGUCACAAAGAAGAGCAAAGAAAUAAGCAAUAGACUGGCUGAAGCAAAGCAGUAA